GCCAGGAAUUUCUUGAUCUGGAGAACUUUAAACUAUUAAGAGUACUACAAAUGGAAUGUCCUAUGUCGGACAGUUCAUUCCAGAGAUCAAAAGAGCUGAUCCAUUUGAAGUACUUAGGAAUCAAAGGCUAUAUGGUAUCUAUGCCAUUAUGGAUAUCGAACCUUUCAAACCUAGAGGUAUUGCUUGUAAUAACAGUAGGCAGUGGCACAAUUUUACCGAUGACCAUCUGGAAUAUGCCAAGGCUAAAACAUGUACAUGUUGAACCUGUUGCAUCUUUUGAUGGACGCAUUCCUCAGACAUCGACAAACAUAUGUUGCAUUGAGACCUUGGCAACAGUGUCUCUCACUAAUGAGCUAGUAGACUACAUGGUCAAGAAGGCAAGCAGACUGCGAAAACUCAAAUGCCACUGUAAAGAGCCUCUCAAACUCAAAUUAAAUGCUCUUCAACUUGAAACACUCAGUGUAAACGGUAAGAUUUUGAAUUUCACCUUGCCCGCGACACUAACAAAGCUAACUCUAUCAGAUGUUUUGUUGCCACAAAGUGAACUGUCUAAUAUCGGAAGAUUACCAAAUUUAGUGGUUCUCAAGUUGGAACAUAGAGCAUUUCAGCAGGAACAAUGGGAGAUCGAAGAUGAAGAGUUUCUGAACCUCAAGGUUCUUAAAUUAAGAUCCCUUAAAAUAACAACAUGGAAUGCCUCAGAUGAGUCUUUAUCCAUUCUCGAACACCUUCUUAUAGAAAACUGCUUUAAUCUUCAAGAAAUUCCUUCUAGGGUUGGAGAUAUUCAAACUCUAAAGAUAGUUGAAGUGAAACGAUGUGGUGAGUCUCUUGAAAAGUCAGUCAAGGACUUUAAAGAAGUGCAAGAAGGAUAUGGAAAUGCAGAGCCCAAGGUCCUUAUUUACCCCUUGCAUAUAAAAAGCGGCAACACUGGUUUAACAGAAAUAGAAGAUUGCGAUUGAAAGAGGGGAUCUAAUGGACCAGUUUUUCUCUUAAGCUGUUUCCUUUAUUCAUUAUGCAUAAUAAUCAUAUCCAGCUAGAUGGAUAAUUUUCCUGUUUUUGAGUUUUGUGUGUACUUCAAAAUAAUUUUUUCAAUGGAUCCAUUGCAUUGAUAUAUGAACUUUAUUAUAUGAUAUUCUGUAUGCUUUUAUAUUAACACCUUGUUUGGAUGGUUGU